AUGGCCGUGUGCUCGGCCGCUGUGAUCGUGGAGAAGGCCAACAAAUAUUAUGGCAGGCCUGACAAACCGGACUUCAAGCCUGUCCUUAAGGACAUGGAUAUGGUCGUGGAUAGGGGAAUCAUAUAUGGUCUUCUCGGGCCCUCAGGGUGUGGGAAAACCACACUACUGUCCUGUAUAGUGGGCAGGAGAAAGCUGGACAGCGGGAAUGUCUGGGUGUUGGGUGGAAGACCCGGUGAGAAGGGCAGCGGUGUACCUGGACCUAGGGUUGGGUAUAUGCCUCAGGACAUAGCACUAGUCGGCGAGUUCACAGUCCGAGACGCCAUCUACUACUUCGGUCGCAUUUAUGGAAUGAAAAUGGAGAAGAUGAUGGAACGGUUUGAGUUUCUAUCCAAUCUGCUGGACCUACCCAGUGGAGGAAGGCUAAUAAAGACCUUAUCUGGAGGGCAACAGAGACGCGUCUCCCUUGCUGCUGCCCUGGUGCAUGAACCUGAACUCCUUAUUUUGGAUGAACCGACUGUGGGAUUGGAUCCUGUGCUUAGAGAACGGAUAUGGGACUUCCUAGCAGAGCAGGCUCGACGAGGAACCACCGUUAUCAUCACGACACAUUACAUAGACGAAACGAAACAAGCACACAAGAUCGGUCUCCUCCGAGAUGGUCAACUAUUAGCGGAGGACUCCCCCGAGGAUCUAUUGAGGAAGUUCGACUGUGACACUCUUGAAGAGGCGUUCUUGAAACUGGCGAUGAGACAACACGAGAUGCCAAGGAGACGAUCCACUCUAACAGCAUCCCCGGACGUGAUCCCGGACAGCAGUAUGUGUACGGGAGUGGACAGUCGGUACCACUCACGAGACGACUUCCCCACCAUUACCAGCAGCACUGAUGUGUUAACUAAGAAAGACAAACUAAAGGGCAACAAGAAGUUAACAAAGUCCCGGUAUAAAGCAGUAUUCAUCAAAAGUAUACAGCAGUUCGCCAGGCAUCCUGGUGGUCUAAUAUUCUCCAUCCUGUUCCCCAUCAUCCAAGUGGUAGCAUUCUUCGCGGCCGUGGGCCACGACCCGCGAGAUCUACAGAUUGGAGUUGUCAACGAUGAAGCCGCUUUCUCACCAUUUGGCUUGAAGAUCUGCAGUAACACGAGUCUAGUGACGACAGUACUACAGGAGGACGAGACCUGCGACCUGUACAUGCUGAGCUGCUGGUUCUUAGAGGAAAUGGAGAAAAAGAUGCUGUUCCCUACUGUAUUCAACUCCACGGAAGAAGCUCGCAAUGCAGUAGCGACGGGCAAGUUGUACGGAGCGCUACAUUUCUCGAGGAACUUCAGUUCAGCGCUCGGCAAGCGAGUGGCCGACGGAGAAGUCGAUGACGAUAUCGUUGAAGACAGCAGUGUCAGCGUCUGGCUGGAUAUGACGAACCAUCAGAUCUCCAACUUCAUGAAGACUCAGCUCCACAAAGCGUACGAGAGCUUCACGCGACGCGCCAUGAUAGCGUGCGGCAGACCUGACAAUUUAGUCCAGAUACCAGUGCACUUCGAGAAGCCAGUGUACGGUAAGAGUGAACCUCAAGUGGUCAGCUUCAUGGCGCCAGGAAUCCUCAUCACCAUCAUUUACUUCUUGUCUGCUAUCGUGACGUCGACCCUGAUGAUCACGGACCGGCUGGAGGGAGUGUGGGAGAGGAGUGCAGUGGCCGGAGUGAAGCCUAAGGAGAUGUUGAACGUGCACAUAACGUUGCAGUCUGUUGUCAUUUUAUUACAGACAAUAGAAAUGAUGGCCCUAGCAUUCAUCGGCUACGGGAUCCCUUCAGUGGGUUCCAAGCUGGUCUGUGGCCUACUGCUGUUCCUGCAGGGUAUCUGCGGCAUGUGCUACGGGUUCCUACUUUCCGUCUACUGCAAUAGCCAUACCAUGUCAUUCUUCGUGGCUACCGGGAGCUUCUAUCCCAUGAUUCUGUUGUGUGGUAUCCUAUGGCCUCUAGAGGGAAUGUCAUAUACACUACGUAUGAUCUCCCUCACGCUCCCGUUCACAAUCCCAUCGAUAUCUCUCAGAGAUAUUAUGGAGAAAGGAGCUACCAUCAUGGACAAAUCAGUCAUCUAUGGCUUCCUAACCACCAUCGCCUGGAUAGUCAUCACCCUAGCUUUAAUUUACUUAAGGUUACGUUUCAAGAAGACGUAG